AUGUCUGGACCAGUUGCCGUCAUCACCGGCGCCUCGUCGGGCAUGGGACUUGCCGUGACGAAACACCUGGUUACGAAAGGAUGGCGAGUCGCCAUGGCCGAUAUUGAUGAAGCAACCGGACAAAAGCUUGCAACCGAGCUUGGAGACCAAGUGAUCUUUUGCCACACGGAUGUCACUUCGUACUCGCAACAAGCAAACUUAUUCAGAAUGGCCUUCUCGUGGGGAGGGAAGAGGCUAGAUCUUUUCGCCGCGAAUGCCGGGAUUGCUGACACCCAAUUUCUCCAACAAAAUGAAUACUCUCAUGACGAAAAUGGCUUCCCGCUGCCCCUGAAUCUCAAAGCUAUGGAUGUGAACCUCAACGCCGUCAUACAGGGGAUUUGGCUCUUCAAACACUACGCCCUGCAAAACAAAAUUGUCGGUGGGAAAGUCGUCAUUACCUCGUCAAGCGCAGGGCUAUAUCCUAUGGGAUCAAAUCCCAUAUACACGGCCUCCAAGCAUGCUCUGGUUGGCCUUGCUAGGGCUCUGGGGCCGGCCCUCCAUAAGCAGAAUAUCCAGGUAAAUGCCAUUUGUCCAGCAUUUGUACCGACUGCUCUAUGUCCAAAGGAGAUGCUAGAUCGCUUUCCAAAGGAGCAUAUCACUCCAAUGUCGACUGUUAUCAAAGCAUAUGAUACCUUUCUCGGAGACAACACCACCUAUGGGCAGAUUGUGGAGCUUAGUUUGGAUCAGCUGUAUUUCCGUACCAAGCCCGACUAUCCGAAUGAAAGUCAACGCUGGUUGGGAGAAGAGUCAGCUAGCUUCUGGGAAGAAGCUUAUAAGACACCUGCGUUGUGA